AUGACCUCAGAAACAUGUUCGAAUUCAUCAUUUUCAUCACCAUGGAAAUAUCAUGUGUUCCUGAGUUUCAAGGAGGAGGAUACAGGCAAAAGCUUUACAGACCAUUUGUACAAUGCUUUGAAUAAGAAAGGAAUCAUUACAUUCAGGGAUGAUGAUCAAAAGCUUGGUUCUUUAGUACCCUCCAAAGCAAUUGAAGAAUCGAGAUUCACAAUCGUUGUUUUCUCGGAAAAUUAUGCAUCUUCGACUCGAUGCUUGGACCAACUUGUCAAGAUUGCCGAAUGCAAGAAAGAUCUGCGACUGGAGGCUAUUUAUCCAGUUUUGUAUGAUGUGGUUCCAACCCAACUGAUUGUGGAGUGUGGAAAGGCUUGCUUUGCGGAGCGUCAACAAGUUUUCAAAGACAUUGUCGAGAAAGUGAAGAAAUGGGAGGGGGCUUUAACGGAAGUGAUCAAUCUCUCUCGCUCUCGUUGGGAUUUGAAAGACAGGGUCAAACACAAAUUUGAUGCUACUGCUUUCAUUGCCAACGUAACAAAGGAAUGCAAAAAGAACGAUAUAAUUCACUUACAAAAGCGUCUCUAUGAAAAAUCCUUCAAGAUUCAAGGUUAUGUACGGAAUGAUGGUCCUGGAAAAAAUCUACUAAGGAGAAGACUGCUUUCUAAAAGGUUGCUUAUUGUUCUCGACGAUGUCGAUUCCUCCAAGCAAAUACAAGAUUUAGUUGGAAAUUGGAAAGUCGAAAAUUGGUUAGGUCGAGGUAGCAGAGUAAUUGUAACGAGUAAAAAUAAACAUGUUUUAAACCAAUUUGGAGACAAGUACAUUUAUGAAGUUGAUAAAUUAACCGAUGAUGAAGCUCUUCAAGUGUUACGUGUGAGAGCAUUUGCAGAUAACUACUUUCCGGUUGAGUAUGAAGAGGAUUGCAACAAUAUUGUAAAAAUUGCUCAUGGUAAUCCUUUACAGCUUGUAGAUCUUGGUAACUUCCUACGUGGGAGACCACAACCAGAAUGGUCCGAUGAAAUAGCUAAGCGAGAGAGAGUUGAAGACGAGGACGAAGACGAAGAAUGUAAUUAA